AUGGUGAAGAUGUCCUCACAGCCCCAAGUGCGUGUGAUGGAGGUGGAGGAAAACAAGAGUAAUAAUGAUAGUAUUGUUGUAGAUGAGAACGAAAAGAAAGAGAAGAAGAUCAUUGAUAAACCUUUUCCAUUUCAUAAGCUGUUGAGCUAUGCUGAUGCGGUAGAUUGGCUACUUAUGGCACUAGGAACCUUGGGUUCUAUCGUCCAUGGCAUGGCUCAACCCAUAGGGUAUCUCUUGCUAGGUAAAGCCCUCAAUGCAUUUGGAAACAACAUCGGGGACGAUGAUGCAAUGGUUAAAGCCCUGAACAAGGUAAUUCCGUUCGUGUGGUACAUGGCCAUCGCCACCUUUCCAGCUGGAAUACUGGAGGUCGGAUGCUGGAUGUAUGCAAGUGAAAGGCAGUCAGCACGAUUAAGAUUAGCAUUCCUUAAAGCAGUCCUUAGCCAGGACAUUGGGGCUUUCGAUACGGAUUUAACAGGUGGAAAAGUCAUCACUGGAGUCACUAACCACAUGAGCAUCAUACAAGACGCAAUUGGGGAGAAGACCAUUGCUCAAAUCAGAACAGUUUUUGCAUUUGUUGGGGAGAGUUAUGCAAUCAAAACUUUUUCAGAGAGCAUGGCCAAACAGCUUUCUAUAAGCAGAGGGGAAGCACUGGUAAAAGGAGUUGGAAUAGGAAUGUUUCAGACAGUAACGUUCUGCUCUUGGGCAAUCAUCAUAUGGGUUGGUGCCAUUGCAGUCAAAUCCAAGAGGGCACAAGGCGGAGACGUCUUAGCUACAAUUAUGAGCAUUCUCUUUGGAGCUAUAGCACUCACUUAUGCUGCUCCAGACAUGCAAAUCUUCAAUCAGGCAAAAGCUGCAGGAAAUGAAGUUUUCGAGGUCAUCCAAAGGAAGCCUCACAUAACUUAUGAUUCAAAAGGGAAGACUCUCGAUAGAAUGGAUGGCAAUAUUGACAUACGUGACGUACACUUUUCAUACCCAACCCGGCAGGACGCACUGAUACUAAAGGGAUUUUCAUUGUCAAUUCCAUCUGGAAAAAUGAUUGCGUUAGUGGGAAGUAGUGGAUGCGGAAAGAGUACCAUUAUUUCCCUAAUCGAAAGAUUCUAUGAUCCCUCCAGAGGGGAGAUCCUCAUCGACAAUCAUAAUAUUAAGGAUCUUGAUUUGAAAUUUCUGCGAAGGAACAUAGGAGCAGUUUCCCAAGAACCGUCCCUUUUUGCAGGGACAAUCAAGGAUAACUUAAUGGUAGGAAACAUGAGUGCUGAUGAUCAAGAGAUUGAAAACGCAGCUGUGAUGGGAAAUGCACAUUCCUUCAUUUCUGAACUACCAAAUCGGUACUCAACAGAGGUGGGCCAAAGGGGAUUCCAAUUAUCCGGGGGUCAAAAGCAGAGAAUUUCCAUAGCAAGAGCCAUUCUCAAAAAUCCUCCAAUUCUUUUGCUUGAUGAAGCCACAAGUGCACUUGAUUCAGAAUCAGAAAAGCUGGUUCAAGAUGCCCUUGAGAGGGCUAUGCAAGGAAGAACAGUCGUCUUGAUUGCACACAGGAUGUCAACUAUUAUUAAUGCAGAUGUGAUUGCAAUUGUAGAGAACGGACAAGUUACUGAGACGGGAACACACUGCAGCUUACUAGGGACCAGUAAGGUGUAUAGUAACCUUUUUAGCAUGCAGAACAUCAGCCCAGCUAAUGACACAAGAACUGCAGAUUUUGAAGAACCAGCAAGUACCAACCAAAAGCUUUUAUCUGCAGAACUUCAUCAACAUGGAGAACGUAAAGAUCCGGACAAGCACAUUCCCAAACCUCUGAAGCAAGAGGACAAGAAAGAUAGAGAGGAAGCUACUCCAUUCUUCAGAAUAUGGUUUGGCUUGGAACAUAAAGAUCUUGUAAAGACGGCCAUUGGCUCUGUUGCAGCAGCUUUCUCUGGUAUCUCAAAGCCCUUUUUCGGAUACUUCAUUAUAACAGUUGGAGUAACAUACUACAAGAAACAUGCAGCGCGCAUAGUUGGUUGGUAUUCAAUCAUGUUUUCUCUAAUAGGACUCCUUUCAUUAUUCACGCACACCUUGCAGCACUACUUCUUUGGAGUAGUUGGAGAGAAGGCAAUGACCAACCUCAGACAAGCUUUAUAUUCAGCCAUAAGUGCGCAAAUUAAGCCUGCUUUUACAGGUGUUCUACGCAAUGAAUUGGCAUGGUUUGAGAAACCUGAGAACAGUGUUGGUUCACUUACUUCUCAGAUCAUCGAUGAUACCUCCAAGGUCAAAGUCAUAAUUUCUGAUCGCAUGUCAGUAAUUGUCCAAUGUCUCUCCUCCAUUCUGAUUGCAACAAUUGUUAGCAUGUUUGUCAACUGGAGAAUGGGUCUGGUAGCUUGGGCAGUGAUGCCUUGCCAUUUCAUAGGUGGACUAAUUCAAGCCAAGUCUGCCAAAGGAUUUUCAGGUGACUCUGCUGCUGCACAUUAUGAACUUGUUGAACUUGCUUCUGAGUCCACAGCCAACAUAAGAACCAUUGCAUCAUUUUGCCAUGAAGAGCAAAUUCUCAAGAAAGCCGAGAUAUGUCUGGAAAAUCCAAAGAGGAGGAGCAGGAAAGAAAGCAUUAAGUAUGGGCUCAUUCAGGGCGUCUCCCUUUGUUUAUGGAAUAUUGCACAUGCAGUUGCUCUGUGGUACACAACACAUUUAGUUGAUAAACAUCAAGCCACCUUCUUAGACAGCAUAAGAUCAUACCAGAUUUUCUCUCUUACAGUACCUUCAAUCACAGAAUUAUGGACACUGAUUCCCACUGUCAUCUCUGCCAUUGGUGUACUGACUCCUGCAUUCGAAACCCUUGACCGGAAGACUGAAAUUGAACCAGAUGUUCCAGAGAACCCAGAUCUUGGAAAGAUCUUGGGAAGAAUUGAAUUUCAGAACAUCCAAUUUAACUACCCAUUACGACCAGAAGUGACAGUUCUCCACAACUUCAGCUUACAAAUUGAAGCUGGAUUAAAGAUGGCGCUUGUUGGGCCAAGCGGAUCUGGAAAGUCCUCAGUUUUGGCCAUUCUGCUAAGAUUCUAUGAUCCUAGGGAAGGAAGGGUUCUGAUUGAUAAGAAGGAUAUAAGAGAAUACAAUCUGAGAAAGUUGAGGAGACAAAUAGGGUGGGUGCAACAAGAGCCACUUCUUUUUAGCUCCUCAAUCAGAGACAAUAUCAUCUACGGGAAUGAAGGGGCUUCUGAAACUGAAAUUGUGAAGGUAUCAAGGGACGCAAAUAUACACGAGUUUGUGAGUAAUUUGCCUGAUGGAUAUGAUACAGUUGUAGGGGAGAAGGGCUGCCAACUUUCGGGUGGACAAAAGCAACGGAUAGCCAUUGCUAGAACCCUACUAAAAAGGCCUGCAAUUUUGCUCCUGGAUGAAGCAACGAGUGCCCUCGACACUGAGUCUGAAAGAUCUAUAGUGAAUGCUUUGGGAUCAAUAAACCUGAAUGACAACAGGGGCUCAGGAUACACAACCACACAGAUUACAGUUGCACACAGGCUUUCUACAGUUAAAAACUCAGAUGCUAUAGUCGUAAUGGAUAAAGGUGAGAUUGUUGAGAUGGGUAGCCACUCGGCUCUAAUAGUGGCAUCUGAUGGAGUAUAUUCGAGAUUACACCAGCUCCAGAACUUAACAUGA